AUGGCUAAAAUUGUGUGGGAUGACGCCGCUGAUGCAAAGCUCUUGUUUGCCAUAAUUACUACAUCCGUCACGAAAAUUGAUUUCCCUGCCGUUGCGAAAGUGAUGGGUAAUGAAUGCACGACGAAUGCCAUCCAUAAGCGCCUCGCUCGCAUUAAGUCCAAGAUGACUCCAUCGGACGGCGACGUGUCUUCAGCGCCCACAACCCCUAUCAAACCCAAGCGUGGCAGGCCCCCCAAGAAAUCCGCAGAAGGGGAUGAGAGUGGUCUUGACGCGAACGACGACGCUAAGCCUGCCAAAAAAGUCAAGCGCGGAGGCAAGACGAUGUCCGAAGAUAGUGAUUGA